UGGCCUUAACACAUGGAUUUUCUUCCAAAAAUGCAGACCCAUUUUAAUUAAGUUUGUAAUUAACCUUUGGGGAGGGCAGGGCCCCUGGAUUCGGUUUGCUUUCGGAGACACAAACAAGAUGGGAGUCAUGGCUAUGCUGCUGCUGCCCCUGCUGCUGCUGCUGGGAAUCAGUAGCCUCCUCUUCAUUUAUCAGGAGGUGUCCAGGCUGUGGUCAAAGUCAGCUGUGCAGAACAAAGUGGUGGUGAUCACCGAUGCCAUCUCAGGACUGGGCAAGGAGUGUGCUCGGGUGUUCCACACAGGUGGGGCAAGGCUGGUGCUAUGUGGAAAGAACUGGGAGAGGCUGGAGAACCUAUAUGAUGCCUUGAUCAGCGUGGCUGACCCCAGCAAGCAGACAUUCACCCCAAAGCUGGUCCUGUUGGACCUCUCAGACAUCAGCUGCGUCCCAGAUGUGGCAAAAGAAGUCCUGGAUUGCUAUGGCUGUGUGGACAUCCUCAUCAACAAUGCCAGCAUGAAGGUGAAGGGGCCUGCCCAUAAGAUUUCUCUGGAGCUCGACAAAAAGAUCAUGGAUGCCAAUUACUUUGGCCCCAUCACAUUGACGAAAGCCCUGCUUCCCAACAUGAUCUCCCGGAGAACAGGCCAAAUCGUGUUAGUGAAUAACAUCCAAGGGAAGUUUGGAAUCCCGUUCCGUACAGCUUACGCUGCCUCCAAGCACGCAGCACUGGGCUUCUUUGACUGCCUCCGAGCCGAAGUGGAGGAAUACGACGUUGUCAUCAGCACCGUGAGCCCGACUUUCAUCCGGUCGUACCACGUGUAUCCAGAGCAAGGAAACUGGGAAGCCUCCAUUUGGAAAUUCUUUUUCAGGAAGCUGACCUACGGCGUGCACCCCGUGGAGGUGGCGGAGGAGGUGAUGCGCACCGUGCGGAGGAAGAAGCAAGAGGUGUUCAUGGCCAACCCCAUUCCCAAGGCUGCCGUGUACGUCCGCACCUUCUUCCCGGAGUUCUUUUUCGCUGUGGUGGCCUGUGGGGUGAAGGAGAAGCUCAAUGUCCCAGAGGAGGGGCAACUGCAGCAGGCCAAAUGGGCCUCCCCUUGGAAAUAAAGGUUUUUCUGGCA